AUGAUCUCCACCAUUCCAGCCCUUCUAGGGGAUGGUACCCUGGCUUUUUUAUCUACUAAUAUCAGACUCGAUGAUAUUCUAUACCUUGCUAUUCGUAUGGCAUUGAACGGUCUACUCGCAGCGGCCGUUAGACAACUAUUUGGUAGUACCAAAUCUCGGGUUUACGAUGCCAUUUUCCCUACGGCCCAUAUCACCGACUCCGAUCCAGCAUUCGAAUAG